GGUCAUUAUAAUAAUAAUGCAUUCUUCAAGUGUCAAAACAAUGUUAAGAUUGUUUGUUUUGUUUUCACUUUUUUACGCUUCUGCUACAGAAUCAGAAUAUGAGAGCCUUUUACUGCGUCUGGAGAAGCUAGAGAAAGACGUUCGUGAAGAAGUUCAGGAGACAGAGGAACUCCUGGGUUUACUGCAGGAUAACCACAGAGAAGAGAGAGCUGCUCAUCAAGGAUGCAAUGGAGAUGUGGUGGCUUUUCACGCUCAGUUAACGACUACAACCGUGUCUCUCUCUUCUGGUGAAGUUAUCAAAUUUAACAAAGUAAUAACUAAUGUAGGAGACGGCUACAACAGCUCCACGGGAAUAUUCACGGCGCCAGUGUCUGGGUACUAUGAGUUAACCGCAACCAUAAUGGCACAAAGUAGCAACACUUUAAUAACUCGUAUUGUAGUGAACGGUGUAAGUGGAGUUUGUUAUUCCUACAGUUCAAGGUACCAAUCCCAGGGAAUGUGUAACAUGAUAUAUUAUUUGUCGAAGGGACUCACUGUAAAAGUUAUUCAAUAUUCAGGGUCAGCUCUGUACGGUUACGGAUUCUCUUCAUUUUCAGGACAUCUUGUUGGCUGAAUAUACUGAAUUGAUAACAUGUACUCAUUGUAAUAAAGAUUG